ACACUGCACAGUAGAAAACACGCCCAUAGCCCGUACUGCUGGAUAUCCGAAACCUCACCGGCGAAGAUCGAGAUCCGACCGGUUUAUUCUAUCUCCGGUCCGGCUACCCUCCCGAUAGUUACGAAAUGUCAAUCUCCUCCAUUUGCUUCUCUCUCAGCAAACCCUAAACCCCUGACCAGAUAAUAAUGCCCAAAAUGGCGAGCCCUCUCAAAAGGAACUUCUUCCCUCUCCUCCUCUUCUCCCUCUUCGUUCUUUCCUUCUUCCUCUUCUUCUCUCACUCUCCUUCCUCCAAUCCAGCCAUCUCCUCUCCAAUCGUAGACUCCAGCAAAAAUCUCGGACCCCAACUCGCUCCAAACUUCAGCUUCCUCAUCAAAGUUCUCGCAUACAAUCGCCUGCAAUCCGUCUCCCGAUGUCUCCGAUCCCUAGCCGCCGCCGAUUACGGCGGGGACACGGUCCAUCUUCAUGUCUACGUCGACCAUUUCGUCGCCGGGAACGAUUCGGCGGAUGUUCUGGAUCGGAAGCUGGACGAGUCGCGCCAGAUUCUGGAGUUCGUGGAUGGGUUCGUAUGGAAUUUCGGGAACAAGAUCGUGCAUUACCGGACCGGGAACGUGGGUCUUCAGGCGCAGUGGUUGGAGGCGUGGUGGCCGAGCUCCGAUGACGAGUUUGCUUUCAUUGUGGAGGACGAUUUGGAGGUUGCUCCCGUGUUCUAUAAGUUUGUCCGAGCUGUGAUCCUCAAUUACCGCUACAAUAGCUCCAAUUUCAGUCCUUCGAUCUUUGGUGUCACCCUCCAGCGCCCAAGGUUUGUUCCAGGUAAACAUGGCAACAAGAUAGUAUUGGACGAGGGAACCAGGCUGUUCUUGUACCAGAUAGUUGGGACUUGGGGACAGAUCCUAUUUCCCAAGCCAUGGAAAGAGUUCAGGUUGUGGUAUGAUGAUCACAAGGUGAAGGGCAUCAAACCGUUUCUCGACGGAAUGGUAACAAACGGAUGGUACAAAAAGAUAGGAGAGAGAAUUUGGACUCCUUGGUUCAUCAAAUUUGUACACUCUAGAGGCUAUUUCAACAUAUACACCAAUUUUGGACAUGAGAGAGCGCUCAGUGUAUCUCACAGGGAUACCGGUGUCAACUAUGGGAAAUCUGCUGGUCCAGACUCUCAAUUACUGGGUGAAAAAAGUUCUAUCGACUUGCUGGAAAUGCAACCCUUGAGUAACUUGAAAUGGUAUGAUUUCUGUUUUAGGGAAGUUCUGCCUGGAAGAAUUGUCAGGAAUGUGGAUGAACUUGGCCCUGUUUUUCUUCAAUCUGUGCAGAAACACAAUACUGUUAUGCUCGUGAGCAUAGUAUGGGCAUCAGAUUCAAUAGCAAGAAACCUGCUCUGCCAUUUUGAGAGGUUAAACAUUCAGAACUAUGUCCUGGUGGGCCUUUCAUCUGAUUACUUGUUCGAUCUUGCUAGAAGAGGGCAUCCGGUGAUUGUUGCUGAUGAGCUUGGCAAGAAUAUGAGAGACCAUAAAUUGGUAAAUUCCCAAGACAACAUCCUUCUGGUAAAGGCUUAUCUAAUGAAGAAGUGUUUGGAGCAUGGACUAAACGUCUGGACAGUGGACGCAAACGUGCUUUUUGUCAAUGACGACAUAUUUCAUCGCGAGUUCACAGAUUCAACAAACGAUUUCUUCGCCGGUAAAGCGCUGGAUCUCUUAUUUGCUAGAAGCUCUUCUGCAGCUAAGAAGGUCGUUGCUGGUGAUGGUUUCCUUGCCAAGGUAGCUACUUAUAUCAACCGAGUCGAGCCAGAGAACAGCAGCAACAUUGCUCAAGUACUUGCGAAGUUGUUAAACCAGAAUGGUAUUGCUGUUAAGACGAUUGCUGAGUCAGCAGUGGGGAUGAAGAUUGAUGAUCGAGAUAGUGUCAGCAGCGAAGCCCUCUCGGGUAAGAAGAUGGUUUACUGGUCGAGGGAGAUGAGUCCGGAAUUUUUAAGGAAACGACUGGAAGAACUAAGCAUGUGGGUUGUGGAUGGAGCAGACUCUUCUUGCAAGGCUGUGGUUUGCCAUCAGCAAUCGUAGCAUUUUGGUCCGAGGAAAAAUCAUUUGAGCAUGUUUCGAUUUGUACUAGUGAUCUUUUGCUGUAGGAAUGUCGAUAUGUUUUGUUGUUAACGCUUUUUCACGUAUCAAAUGGUGGCGACACUAAGUUUUUUCAAUCUACUCAACUUCUGUUGCAGUUAGCUGAUCUUUUCAAUUUGGAUGCAUAACUACCAAUGUUUUAGAAAAAGUAUCCUCCCGCGGUCGGAUUGGAAAAACAUCAGAUGUCGGAUUCCAAACGGUAGUUGGUUUAACAUACGAAACAAUUGAAUUAC